GGCUGUUAUUUUAUCCGUCUAAGUCAAUUUAUAAACUUAGACUAGCGGGUGGCGUAUAGUUUUUGUAUUAGAGAUUUCGGCUUCAUUUUUCUUAUCUGAAUCUAAAGUAAUUCUGAUAAUAAGUUUUUAUAUAUAAUUUAUUGAGCAAAUAUGUUACGGCAUGGAAGAGCACUUUACAAUUAUUGUUCAAGACAAUUUUUAAAACAAAGUUCUGCAUGUAGGCUACUUCACUAUACUGACAAAAAUCAUGCCAAAAUUGAAGUCUUUGUUGACGAUAAGCCUGUUUUGGUAGAUCCUGGCACAACUGUUAUGCAAGCUUGUGCAAUGGUUGGUGUUGAAAUCCCACGUUUUUGUUAUCAUGAUAGACUGUCUAUUGCUGGUAAUUGUCGAAUGUGCUUGGUUGAAGUUGAAAAGUCAGCAAAACCUGUUGCUGCAUGUGCUAUGCCAGUGAUGAAUGGAUGGAGAAUCAAAACUGAUUCAGUGUUAACUAGACAAGCGAGAGAAGGUGUUAUGGAAUUUAUUCUUAUUAAUCAUCCGCUUGACUGUCCAAUUUGUGAUCAAGGAGGUGAAUGUGAUUUGCAAGAUCAAUCGAUGGCAUUUGGUAAUGAUCGUAGCAGAUUUGUGGAUGUAAAGUUUGAAGGAAAAACUGCAAUAGAAGAUAAAAAUAUUGGUCCACUUGUAAAAACCAUAAUGACUAGAUGUAUUCAAUGCACAAGAUGUGUUCGUUUUGGUAAUGAAAUUGCUGGUGUUGAAACACUUGGAACAACGGGACGUGGAGGAGAUAUGCAAAUUGGCACUUAUGUUGAAAAGAUGUUCAAAUCAGAACUUUCAGGAAAUAUUAUAGACAUUUGUCCUGUUGGAGCUUUAACUUCAAAGCCAUAUGCUUUUACUUCUCGUCCAUGGGAAAUUCGGAAAACAGAAUCAGUUGAUGUUAUGGAUGCAGUUGGAAGUAAUAUAAUUGUUGGUACACGUGGAGGAGAGGUUAUGAGAAUAUUACCCAGAGUCAAUGAGGAUGUCAAUGAAGAGUGGAUUUCAGACAAAACACGCUUUUCAUAUGAUGGUCUAAAGCGCCAGCGUUUAAACACACCAUACAUUCGUGGGGAGCAUGGUAACUUAAUACCUUGUGGGUGGGAAGAUGCUUUAAUUAGAGUAGCAGGUGUACUUUCUUCAACUCUUGGAUCACAAAUGGCUGUUAUUGCUGGAGAUUUGGUUGAUGCAGAAACAUUAGUUGCUGCUAAGGAUUUAUUUAAUAAGUUUGAUUGUGAAAAUCUUUUUACUGAAGCUAUCGUGCCAAACAGUGGUUGUGGAUUUGAUUUAAGAUCCAAUUACUUAUUUAAUUCGACAAUAGCAAAAAUUGAAGAAGCAGAUGUUCUACUCAUUGUGGGAAGUUGUCCUCGUUAUGAAGCUCCUCUUGUAAACGCACGCAUAAGAAAAGCUUGGGUUCAUAAUGAGCUUGAUGUUGCUGUUAUUGGUAAAAAGACAGAUCUUACUUAUGACUAUAAGCAUUUAGGAGAUGAUUUGUCUGUACUUUAUGAUCUGGCAGCUGGUAAACAUACUUUUUACAAAGUUUUACAAAAUGCUAAAAAACCAAUGAUUAUUGUAGGGAAUGUUAAUCAUCCAGAACGUAAUCUAAUGCAUUCUCUGUGUGUGAAGUUAUCAAAUGGUUUAAAGUCUAAUAUUAAUCCUGAUUGGAGAGUUCUUAAUAUUCUUCAUAAGGUUGCCAGUCAAGUAGCAGCACUAGAUGUUGGAUAUAAAUCUUUUUCAAAUAAUUUUAAUAAUAUUAAACUUCUGUAUUUGCUUGGAGCGGAUAGUGGAGAAGUAUGCAGAGAAAAAUUACCCAAAUCUUGUCUUGUAGUAUACCAAGGUCACCAUGGUGAUAAUGGAGCAUCAUUUGCAGAUAUAAUAAUGCCUGGAGCAGCGUAUACCGAAAAAACUUCAACUUAUGUAAAUAUGGAGGGUCGUGCCCAGCAAACAAAACGGGCUGUUACACCUCCUGGUUUGGCUCGCGAUGAUUGGAAAAUCAUUCGUGCAUUAUCAGAGAUUGCUAACAAGACACUGCCAUAUGAUAGUUUAAAUGAGUUGCGACAACGAAUGACUGAGGUAUCGCCAAACCUAACACGAUAUGGUGUUGUAGAAGUUGCCAAUUUUCUUUCUCAGUCUGUGUCUUUGGAUCAGACAUCACCUUCAAAUAUUCGAAAUGGGUUACUUGUACCAGAGAUAACUACUUUAUCUGGUUUUUAUAUGACCAACUCGAUAUCUAAAGCUUCGCAAACUAUGGCAAAGUGUGUACAAGCAGUUAAACAAAUGAUGUAGUUUUUAAUAAAUUAUAGUUCAACAAA